CAGUUGAAAUCUUGACUCGAGUCUUCAUAUAAAAGCAACAUUCCUCCAAUCACUCGUAUUUUUUCGCCACUACUAACAUGUUAAGGAUUACACUGGUAGCCCUUGUGGCCCUCCUGGGUACACAAGGGGCCCAGGGUGCCGCGACAACCCCCGCGCCAAAUUGUGGAUCAAACCCUGCCGAUAUUGAGUUUUUGCUUGACUCUUCGGGGUCAGUAGGAUCUUCAAACUUUCAGAAACAAUUAGAUUUUGUUGCCAAAUUUGCUCAGGCUUUCGACAUUGGACCAAGAAAUGUGCAGAUCGGUGUAGCGACAUUCGCCUCUACUCCACACAAUGAGUUCAACUUAAACACCUACCAUACCAAACAUGACUUGGUGGCAGCCAUUCAUAAAAUCGGUUAUCACUCUGGUGGAACACGAACUGAUCUCGCUCUGAAGUAUGUAGAGGCAAACAGCUUCACCAAGCCAUCAGGGGACCGCCCCGGUGUUGCCAACAUUCUGAUUGUGAUGACGGACGGCAAAUCAAAUAUGCCCCAACUCACCCUUGCCGAAACGAAAAAGCUGCACAACAUGAAUGCCAAGGUAUUUGCAAUUGGUAUUGGUUCCGGAGUUGACAAAAAUGAAUUAACUGCGAUAGCAACAGACGCCAAGCACGUGUUCCAAGUUACCAACUUCGACGCCCUAGGAACACUUCAGGCCGAGCUGAAGAAAACAGCCUGCAAAAUUGAUGGUGGCUGGACCACAUUCGGCUCAUUUUCACCAUGUUCAAAAUCUUGCGGAGGUGGGACCCAGUUCAGAGAAAGGUCUUGCACGAGACCACGACCUGCUAACGGUGGUGCUCAAUGUACCGGAAAUGCAAGGGAAACAAGAAAUUGUCACACGGAAGCUUGUCCAACAAAACCACCACCGACAACAACAACAACACCAAGAACAACACCAAUGCCCACCACUUUAGCAUCCGGUUGUAAUGGGACUGAGCCAGCCGACAUUGUGUUUAUAUUGGACGCCUCCGGAAGUGUUGGGGCAACCAAUUUUAACAAAAUGCUCGUUUUUGUAAACAAGUUGGUAGACGGAUUCCCGGUUGGCCCCACAGAAACACAUAUUGGUCUGAUCACAUUCGACUCCAAGACCUAUCUACAGUUCCAUCUUAACAAGUUCACAUCCAAAGCUGACAUCAAAAGGGCAGUUACAGCAACAAAGUACACAUCUGGCACAACGCACACAGGUGACGCAAUCAAAUAUGCAAGACAGACCUCCUUCUCCGUACAGAAUGGCAUGCGCCCUAAUGCUGCUAAGAUAGCCAUCAUUGUUACUGACGGACAGUCCAACAGUGCUGCAGCAACUUCGUCUGAAGCUGCACUGCUCCGUAAAGCCGGUAUUACAGUUUUCUCUAUUGGUGUUGGUUCGGGUGCUAAACUGUCCGAGUUGAAUGCCAUGGCAACCGACCCUGAUGCAACACACGUGUUCCAGGUCACAAACUUUGCCUCUCUAGACAACAUCAAAGGAUCGUUAUCAAAGAAGACAUGUGAAGUGAAGGCAACAAGUCCACCACCGACACCUGCACCACACAAGGCAGAUUGUGAAGCCCAGGCUGAUAUUGUUUUCUUGCUCGAUUCUUCCGGUUCAGUCGGCUCCAGCAACUUCCAGAAAGUCAAAAGCUUUGUCCACGAUUUAAUGAAUAGUUUCAACAUCGGACCAACAUCUGUACAGGUUGGAGUUGACACGUUCCAGUCAUCUGUUAAGUCUGAAUUCAAUAUGAACACAUACCAUGACCGCCAGUCUAUACAAGAUGCCAUCAACAAAAUCCCUUACCACUCCGGAGGCACUAACACAGCUAAAGCAAUCACUUUCAUGAACACUGACAGCUUCAGCGCCGCACAUGGCGACAGACCAAAUGUUCCAAACGUAGCUAUCGUUGUCACUGACGGAAAGUCGAGCAGCGCCACGGCAACAGCCGCUGAGGCCAAGAAGCUCCGAGAUGCUGGGGUAACAGUUCUUGCCAUCGGUGUUGGUAGUGGUGUGUCAAAGGCUGAACUAAAUGCUAUUGCAACCGACCCAGACAGCACCCACGUGUUUGCCGCUGAUAACUUUGAUGCUCUGAAAUCAUUGAAGGCUCUUCUCUCAACCAAAGCUUGUGAAGUUUCUAAACCAGUAGUAAACACUACAAAAACAUGUGCGGCUAAGGCAGAUAUUCUUUUCGUUUUGGAUUCCUCGGGCAGUAUCGGACAGACCAAUUACAACAAAAUGCUUAAAUUUGUCCGUGACGUUUCGUCCAAAUUCGAUGUAGGACCAGACAAGGUUCGAAUUGGAACCGAGAUUUACAGCGACAGAACUUACAUUCAGUUUAACCUUAACAAAUACCAAGACGGCGCUUCGCUCGACAAAGCUAUUGCCAAUAUCCCAUACAAGAGGGGUACAACAAACACAGGACAGGCGUUAAAGGAUGCUUACACCAAGAUGCUCACUGUUGGAAAUGGUGACAGACCAAAUGUUCCAAAUGUAGUAAUUGUCGUCACAGACGGACAAUCAACCAAUCGUCCAUCCACAUUGGCAGAAGCUAAGAAUCUCCAAGCUACUGGUGCACAGGUAUUCACAGUUGGUGUUGGUUCCGGUGUUGACAAAUCCGAGUUGAAUGCUGUUGCUACUGACCCAGAUAAUACGCACGUGCUCACCGUGACGGAUUUCAGCAAGUUGCAACAAAUUACAGCCUCACUUAACAACAAGGCCUGUGCUGCUAUACCACCAACCGGACAGUCACUAACACCAAGGCCAGGUACCACAAUAAUGCCCGAUGCAUGCCAGGAUCAGAAUCCCCAGUGCGCUGCCUAUGAUAUCCCCAAAGUAUGCACAGACUAUGCAGGCUGGGCAAAAGAUAACUGCCAGAAGAGUUGCAAUUUCUGCCCAAAUGCUCUCCAGCCUACACCACCACCGUGCAAAGAUGCAAUCCCCAACUGCCACGAAUAUGCACCAAGCGCAUGUAAUGAUUUCAAACCAUGGGCCAGUGAUAACUGCAGACAGUUCUGUGGAUUUUGUCAACUUGGAAGCGGCAAACAAGUGCUCACAGGUUUCUUCGGCAAGUGUUAUUACAACGGUAAGACCUACAAUCAAGGUCAAACAUGGGAUGACGGUUGUGCUUACGAGUGCACGUGCGAUGACGCCACACAAGGACGUUACAGUUGUUACAACAAAUGUCCACUCUAUUACAACUUGCCACCACAAUGUACCCUGGUAAGGAAGGGUGGUUGCUGUUUGGAGCCGGUAUGUGACUUCAAGGGAACACAUCUUACCACGAACGGACAGACAGUUGGCAAAUACAACGGAGUCAAUGUAUGUAUGUACAAGAACCAACCUUACUACCAGGGACAAACAUGGCAAGAUGGCUGCGACAAGAGUUGCUAUUGUCAAGAUGGUUCAGUCGGUCUCUGGACUUGCCAAUCUGUGUGCGGACAUUACGAUAACUUACCAUCACAGUGUCGUCUGGAGAAGGCUGCUGGUAAAUGUUGCGAAGAACCAGUCUGCACAUUCAAUAAACAAUUCGGACAAUUCACUGGAGCCGGAACACAGUCUGGAAAAGGAUCUGGUGCUACAAGUUAUACAACACCACCACCAUGUAUAGACAAAGAUGCUAACUGUGUCAGAUAUCCCAAAGGCACGUGCAAUGACCACCAGUACGCAGGCUGGGCACAAGAUAACUGUGCAAAAUUCUGCGGAUUUUGCAAAACGAAUGCUGUUCCAACCCCAGGACCCAAUGAUUACUGUGUAUACAAUGGUAACUCAUACAGACAAGGACAAAGAUGGGACGAUGGCUGCGAUCUGGAGUGUGUUUGUGAAAACGCUCAAUAUGGCUUCUACAGAUGCCAAAAGAAAUGUGCUGAUGUGGUCAACCUCCCACUUGGAUGCAAACAAGUUAAAACACAAGGCGCCUGCUGCCCGAAAAUCGAAUGCUCAGGUACCUCAGGUUCCUUCACUGGGUCUCAAACCGUCCCUGGAACCAUUGGUGGUUAUCCAGUACCUUCACCAAUGAUGACACCGGCCCCAGGACAGACUCUUGCACCAGGAAUGGUCCCAACAGCUCAGCCUGGCGUUAUCACAGGAGCUCUGAAUGGCUGUCUCUACAAGGGUACACUGUAUUCAGCCGGAAGGAGAUGGGACGAUGGCUGUGAUUACACAUGUGUAUGCAAUGAUGCCUCUACCGGACAAUACAAAUGCACACCCAAGUGCCCAUCAUUUAACAACUUACCUGCAACGUGCCACAUGCAAGACAAUCCAAAUGAUCCUUGCUGUCAACAACCAGUGUGUACACCGGGUACCGGAACCGGAACUAGUGGUUCCGGAGUGGUUCCCAUCCCAACAUACGGAAAAGGAUUCACUGGAUACGGUCGUCCAGUCAUGCCUUCAAUUGGAACUGGAACAGGUGGAAUGAACCCAACACCUAUGCCAGGUCAACCAGGUGUAACUAUUACCGGAACCGGAAGGGGAUGUGCCUACAACGGUAAGAUAUACGGACAAGGUCAGACCUGGGACCAAGGUUGUGCCUACCGCUGUGAAUGUAUUGAUGCCAAUGCUGGUCAAUAUAGGUGCACUGAAAGAUGUACAGCUUACACGAAUAUCCCAUCACAAUGCAGACUUAUAACUGAUCCCAACGAUGCUUGUUGUAAAACAAUAAAUUGCGACUUUAGCAAACCAGCCACCACCAUUGCACCAUUGUUUGCCCAGACGACACCCGUUGCCGGAGCAGCUUUCUGCAAGUACCAGGGUUAUUACCAUCGACAAGGUGAGGUAUGGAAUGAUGGAUGUGGUCUUACAUGCAGAUGUGAAGACGCCGCCAACCAUUAUUAUCAGUGUACAGACAGAUGUCCAAAAUAUGACAAUGUACCAUCAACAUGUACCUUUGUUGCUGAUCCCAAGGACCCAAGUUGCUGUAGAGUACCUCAAUGUCAGGGAACCGGCUCCGGAGUUCAGGGCUUCACCGGUUCAUUCGUUGGAUAUGGACGUCCACCAAGCUUCAGCCCAACAAGUCUGGCCAAGACUGGAUACGGAAGUGCUUGUCUGUACAAGGGACAAAUCUACAAACAAGGAGUCACAUGGCAAGAUGGAUGUGAUUAUGAAUGUGAAUGUACCGAUGCUUCCAAGGGAAUGUACAAAUGUACAGAAAGAUGCCAGAGGAUUGCCUCCGUACCAAAUGGAUGUCAGUUCGCCCAGGAUCCAAAUGACGCUUGUUGCCAGGUAUUAAAAUGUGACCCUACCUCAUCUCUCGGGACAUGCACGGAUAAACUAGCCAACUGUGCCGGAUAUGGAACGUACAUUUGCGGUCAGAACUACCAAGACUGGGCCGCCCAGAACUGUGCCAAAUAUUGCGGUAUUUGCGGAGGAGGUACCAACCCACUGACCGGUGGUGGUGGUAUUGCUACAGGCGUAUGCAAGGACGCCAUACCAAACUGUGACCAGUACGGAACUAGUGUAUGCGCAGAUCCUCAAUAUAGCGGUUGGGUUAGCUCUAACUGCCGUAAAUUCUGUAACAAAUGUGUAACUACUGGAACAGGCACUGGAACUGGAACUGGAGGUACUAUGACCGGCACUGGCACAGGAACUGGCACAGGAACCGGAACUGGCACUGGAGGAACUGGUACUGGCACCGGCACUGGCAUGACAGGCACUGGAACCAGCGGAUCUUGUGUUGAUGUACUAACAAACUGUGCCGAAUACACCCAGGCAGCGUGUAUGAACCCCUAUGUAGACUGGGCCAAGAAGAACUGUGCAAGAUUCUGCGGUUACUGUGGUAUGACGGGAACUGGUACUGGCACCGGAACUGGAACUGGUGGAAGCGGAACAGGAACCGGAACGGGUGGAGGAGUUAUUACAGGUUUUAACACAGCAGCACCCGGAUCAGGUUUCACUGGAUUCAGCGGAGGAUGUGUAUACAAGGGUAGAUACUAUGCCGCCAAUGAUGAAUGGGUAGAUGGCUGCGAUUACAACUGCACGUGCGUAAAUGGACAGACUGGUUUCUACAGAUGCGUUGACAGAUGCCCAACCUAUAGCUUACCAGCCGGUUGUGUAUUAAAGAAAACAGCAGGACAGUGCUGUGGUGUACCCGAUUGCACAGGAACAGGAACCGGAACUGGAGGUUCUGGUACUUCUGGAACCGGCACAAUGACAGGAGGCACUGGUACAGGUACUUCAGGAAGUGGAACAAUGACAGGAAAUACACAGGGUUGUUUCUAUAACAACAAGCUAUAUCAGCAGGGUCAGUCUUGGAAGGACGGUUGCAAGUACAACUGCCAAUGUGUUAACGCUGCUACCGGCCAGUACAGUUGUUCUGCUCUAUGUUUGAAUUGGCAAUUACCAAGUGCUUGCCACUUAGAUGCCCCGGCACCUGGAAAAUGCUGCCAGACACCCAACUGUCCCGCCGGAUAUACCCUCAAUUACCCACCAGGUUACGACAAGAAUAACCCGCCAUAAAUUCACGGUGCUCAUGCUGUUUUUUGCUCAGUAGAAAGUGUACCAUAACGAACUGAUUUAUGUUUUUUUGUUUAUAAUUUGUUACACAUUAUGUGCUAUGUUUUUUUCCUGGCUAUAUAUGUCCCAUGUUUGAUAUAUAAAUAUAAAAAGGCAUGCAUAACUUUCAUAAUGAUCUGAGAAUUUACUGAAUUUUGUAUUUGUAAGAAAAAUUGAAAAAAGAGUAAAUGUUGCUCAUAUUACAUCAAGACGUGCCUUAAAAUAAUAAAAAAAUGGCGGCAUGUUAUUUUACUUUUAUAUGUUACUGUAAAGUGUUCAUAUAUCACAAUAAAUUCAUAAAGAAUU